UUGCUAUAUAUGUCAUAUUAUUAACCAUCCGUUUCGCCCACAAUGGGGCCACGCAGAAGCUACCGGUAUCUAGUACCACCCAGUACCUCAACUCCAACACCAGCCUUGGAAAGAUGUCUGCCAAUGAGAAUUUCAUCAAACAGAUCGUGGCAAUCCGGUGCAAGCCCGAUAUGACCCGGAAGGAGUUUCUGAACCAUCAUUUCCAAGUCCAUGGGACGAUCUCCGAUGCACCGGAAGAUCCUGAUAUCAAGCCACAGUGGUUUCUCUGGUUUCGUUGCUUGUCUCCAGCCGCUGGCUCCCAAAUAUAUUCAGAUCACCUUUUCGAUGGUGCCUUUGGUGGGCGGCCGGAUGCCUUGAAUGCCAAUCAGCCAUGGGUUGGCCGGGAUGAUAUUACCGAGCUGUACUUUCGGGACUGGGUGCAUCUCAAGAAUGUCUUCACUUCCGAGCACGUCAAGACGCACGUCGGGCCGGACGGGCUGAACUUCAGCGAUAUAGAAGCGCCACUUCCUAUCGUGGCCCGCGAAAAGUCGCUACCCCUCCGGACGACGAGAGACCUAGAUGAUGAGAACGGCCAAGUUCCCAAGGAAAUCGGUAUACAGCCCGAAGGAAUGGACUUGGCUGCCUACUUUGGCGGCUCGAGCAUGCCAACUUACCAUCUGGCUUACAAGAUCUUCCUCAAGGAUCGCGCGUCAGUGACUGCCGUCUGCAAGGCGCAAAAGGCAUUCUAUGAGAACACGCAAGAUGAGCUGAACCAGAGCGAGAGCUUUGUUGUGGUUGGGAUCGAAGGGCUGAUCAUGGAUAUCGGGGCCAACACCCGUUUUGAUCCGAAACGCCAACCAGAAAUGCCAGAUCUCUAG